AUCGAUGACGGGACGAGGCGCGAUCAGCGUGUGGAUUGUGGAAUCGACCAGCCGUUUCGCGACAGGAGAGAAAGAGAGAGAGUGAGAGAGAGAGAGAGAGAGAGAUUGAGAGAGCAAGAGAUCGCGCUGCCCGUGGUUGUCUCUCGCGCGCACGCUACAUCCACGUCCCGCUCCGUUCUCUCGGCCGACGGAACGGCGAACCCUCCUAGUCGACUCCAGAGGCGUGUAACGAUCGGUCGACCCCGACCGAGCCACGAAAGCGCGCUUUCGCGGAGUCGCCCCGAUCGAGGACUCCCCCCGCGAUAAAAUCCGACCUCGGGCUUCCAAUCGCGUCGGAGUAAUUAACACGGAGAUACGGUAAACAGCUAAUGAAGCGGCGGUGCCGCGUGAAAGAGAUUCGCUCCGGGGAGACGCUCCAGAUACCGCCGCCGAGGUACCCGGGAAAGUUCAUUCCCAGAAGGAGAAAGAAGAGGAUCCGGCACGAUCCUCCCGGUGUCUUCUUCCCAUCGUCGUCGAGGAUUAUCUUCCGUCCAAGAUAAUACGGGCCGCGUGCGAGAGGGAGAGGGAGAGAGAGGAAAGAAAAGAGGGAAAACCCAGCGCUGAAAACCAGAGCCGCCCUCAGUCAUGUGAUUCCACGAAGACCCCGCACAACAAUUAGUUAGAAGCACGGUUGUGAGCAUCUCGUUUCGAGCACCUCGUCGAGAGAAAUCCUUAUCGCGAGAAAUCCACGCGCGGCGGACUGGGUGAUGAGCUCGUGGUAUAAGCGGAAGACUGCCGCCGUUGAAAGAUGUUCCGCUCCAAGAUUCGCAUUCACACGUGUCAAGUGAUACUGCUGACGUCCCUGGUAUGGUUCCUGGUCGACGUCAUGGUGCUCAUGCUCUAUUCGGACUGCAUCGGAGGGUCCGGAUGGGGUUGCUCGGACAGCAACAAGCAACAGCAGGCACUUCAGUCCGAGGAGCCGUCCCAGUUGCAUCUGAAGGCCCAGAUCAAGGAACCACAGGCGAUCAGGCAGGAGCAUAAUAACAAGAGGCAAUAUCCGCAGUCGCAAUUGAACCUGUGGCGGCCGGCGAAAGUCAUCAAGGAGAAUAAGGGCAGCCCCGGCGAGAUGGGUGCGGCAGUGCACAUCGCGACGGAGAACGAGGCCAAGCAGCAGGAGCUGUUUAAGCUGAAUCAGUUCAAUUUGAUGGCUAGCGACAUGAUCUCCUUAAAUCGAUCCCUAAAGGACAUCAGACUCGAGGGUUGUAAGAAUAAGAAGUACCCCAAGUAUCUUCCAGACACGAGUAUCGUCAUAGUUUUUCAUAACGAGGCGUGGACCACUCUGCUGCGGACGGUCUGGUCCGUGAUAAACAGGUCUCCCAGAUCGCUGCUGAAGGAGAUAAUCCUCGUGGACGACGCGAGCGAGCGUGAGCACCUGAAGAAAGAUUUGGAAGACUAUAUAUCCACGCUUCCCGUCUCCACGUAUGUGUACCGCACCGAGAAGAGGUCGGGUCUGAUAAGAGCGAGGCUUUUAGGAGCAAAGCACGUCAAGGGACAAGUAAUCACGUUUCUAGAUGCGCACUGUGAGUGCACCGAGGGUUGGUUGGAGCCGCUGUUGUCAAGAAUCGCAAAUGACAGGCAUACCGUUGUCUGUCCGAUCAUAGACGUAAUCAGCGACGACACCUUCGAGUAUAUCGCGGCCAGCGACAUGACCUGGGGAGGUUUCAAUUGGAAAUUAAACUUCAGAUGGUAUCGGGUCGCACAGAGAGAAAUGGACAGAAGAAACAGCGAUAGAACGGCACCUCUACGAACACCAACUAUGGCCGGUGGAUUAUUCUCUAUUGAUAAAGAAUACUUCUACGAGUUAGGCGCGUACGACGAAGGCAUGGACAUCUGGGGUGGUGAAAAUCUUGAAAUGAGCUUCCGGGUGUGGCAAUGUGGCGGAACUUUAGAAAUCAGUCCGUGCUCACAUGUGGGACAUGUAUUCCGGGACAAGAGUCCAUAUACAUUCCCUGGAGGUGUCAGCAAGAUAGUCCUGCACAAUGCGGCUAGGGUGGCCGAAGUCUGGAUGGAUGAGUGGAGAGAUUUUUACUAUGCCAUGAAUCCAGGGGCGCGAAACGUCGAUGUCGGUGACGUUUCCGAGCGGAUAAAACUGAGAGAACGACUGAAAUGCAAAAGCUUCAGAUGGUAUUUGGAAAAUAUAUAUCCAGAAUCGCCAAUGCCGCUAGAUUAUUACUAUCUCGGCGAUGUGAAAAACGUUGAAACGCAAACUUGCUUGGAUACUAUGGGCAGAAGAACCGGAGAAAACGUCGGAAUUAGUUAUUGUCACGGAUUAGGUGGUAAUCAGGUAUUUGCUUACACUAAGCGGCAACAGAUAAUGUCUGACGAUAUGUGCCUUGACGCAGCUAGUCCACAAGGUCCAGUAAAGAUCGUAAGAUGUCAUGGCAUGGGUGGUAAUCAAGCAUGGGUUUAUAACGAUGAGACCAAAAUGGUUAAACACACAAACACGGGUUACUGUUUGUCAAAACCCUACUCAGGCGACGCAUCGCAACCUGUUUUGGCACAAUGCGAUGUCAACAACACAGGUCAAAAAUGGAUCAUGCGUAGUAAAUUUAAAUGGCAGGCCAGCUAAUACGAAUCGACUUUAAAUGCCAGAUCUAUAUGCAAUAUUUGUUAAUAUGUUUAAUAAAUAGUAAUCGAUGGACUGAUAGCAAAGGACUUCCCAAGUGCACGCGUACGAGAAGACAGAAUGAAGUAUUACGAGUGGCGAAAAAACGGUUCAAUAUUACACCGAAUGUGUACAUUAAAUAAAAUAACAGUGCGUGAAGGAAGAAUCGAUUCUCGUCGGAGUUACGUGUGAGAAAAAUCAUAGUUAAAUAAUUAGAUGAGAUUUAUUUACCAUUGAUCGAAAGCAGUAUCGAAAAUUUACUGCCAUUCUUCGUAGUAUGGUCCUUACGGUACGCCUUGAUCAAUGCACAAUAGUGACAGAGAUGAUCUUCUCUGAUCGUGUGUGAACAUAAGUGAUACUAAACGACGAACAGAGUGAAUUCUUAUUCUUCUUUUCUGAUUAAGAAGCAGUAAAGAAGGAAUCAUAUCAGACCACUGUUAUAAAUAAUUGUUAAUACAAAAGAGAGACAUAUUUGAUAAUUUCGGAUGAGUGCAAUGACGAAUGACUGACCGUUAAAUCGGUACUCAACGAAAUGAAAUGUGAAUAUGCUAGAAAUACAUCGCGAGAUAAUGAUGGAGUGAAUGCUGGAAUGUCAGUGAAGUUGAUAUGAUCGCUAUCGAUAAUAAUAUAGAAAAAUUAUUAUUGUACAAUCCAUUUAAUAAUUAGGGAAGAGCACUGGAUCUUUUUAUAUUCAUGUUUCUGAUAGUUCCUCGUUGCAUCUCGUUCGUAUAAUUUAACUGUUACGCGUCGUUUUGUGAAAAGCAUGUACUUAUCAGAAUUUAUAGCAAUAUAUAUAGAACUCAUCAGGUUUUUUAGUUAAAUGCAUACAAUUAACUCUCGUUAAAUUUGAUUGCGGAGACAUAAUGCAGUUUUAAUGCAGACGUACCAGAGUGUCUUCCAUAUUUUAAUGUUAACAGAUUUUUCUAGCAUGAUCAGCUAUUGCGCACAUUUUACUUGUUAAUUAUUUCCCCAAAUAUUUAAUUUGCAAAUAAACAUGCAAAUAAAGCAUCUAUCAUAAAUUGUUUUAAAGAAAACAAUUUUUGAGUGUGGCGCAUUUGCGAAGCGCAAUCGCUCAUAGAUUCAAUAACAAAUUUAACUGGAGUGCAAUAGUAAUUAAGAAUUAUGUGUGACUGUUUAUGCAAAGAACUGAACAAAAUAAUCUUCCGUUUUUUAAACCUGACACCUGGUUUUCAUCGACAUCUUAAGUUGCGACAGAAUAUUUUUAUUUUUUAUCCCUCGAGCAAUUAUAAAAGUAACAGCUUUCAUUUGAAUGAUUCUCAAAUCUGCUAUUGAAAACAAGAAACUUUUGUAAAUUUACACCUUUGUGAAAUAACUUCCGACACAGCUUUGAGACCAUCCCUACUUGUAUAUCUAUUGCUAUUAAAUGACGAAUAUACUCAUUAUUCUUAUGUAAUUCAAAAAAAUGUUAUGGUGAUGGUGCAACGUUAAUAGCUUGAUAUAUUUGUCUUCUAAGACUGUGGUAUUUAUUUUUGUAUAGAAUACAAGUUGACUUAUAUGUUGAAAGCAAUGUCAGUCCACUUUAUAAGUAAAUGAUAAAAUGUUCGAUCGCGAUCGAAAAACGAUAGUCAAUAGUACCUCUUCACAAAUACUUCAUUCCUUACAGGCUGAUUUCAUAAAGAAUACUAUUAUUAAUAUGAAUAAAAUUGCUAAUAAAUGAUUUUUUUAUUUUAAUCAUUUGCUCAACGAGUAAGAUGUUUCUAGCUUUACAGUUCAAUCGAUUAUAAUGAUGAAAGGACAGUUUUGAUUAUUAUAAUAGCCUGAACUGCGUAAGCAUGAUCUUUUAAAGACAAUAAAAUUAUUUGUAUACCUUAAGUUUAUAUAAUGGAUAUGUCUAUAAUACUAGUAUAAUAAUUUAAAACAUAAAGUAAGUAAAAUUUGUAAACAUAAAUGUAUGCACAUUAACGACUUUUAAACCUGACUUUUGAUUCUUUUUCUCAAAAUGUAAUUAAGUUUGACUAAAAGACAAAGCCUCUUAAAAAGUAAUUUAUUUAUAAUUGUUAAAAUUGUACCAUAUAAGUAUUCUAUCAAAUCUUAUAAAAUAAUUAUGAUCACACUAUAAUUACAACUUGUUAGAAUAAAUAAUUAGUUUCGUUACAUACA